GCAAACUCUCCAAAGAGCGACGCUAGAUCAGACGUUGUUUCUAGCGUGAUUCUGAUGAUCAGCAGCUCGAGGUCAUAGUUCAUCCACGUUUUUGACGUCACCGGUCUCCGUCCGGUGCGCGGCGCGCGCCUGGACUGGGUACCGGCCUCUGUGGCAACUGUUGCGUUUGAGACGUAAAAGUUUCAGCCAAAAAAAGAACGAAGGCGGCUGGACUUCCAGCAGCGGGACAAUGCUCGCGUGCUGCUGUCAAAGUGUAAAUUGCGAAGCGGAAAGUCCAAAGGUUGUGGAGAGGAGAACGGGUUGAGCGACGCUCGUACGCGCCGCACGCGCGCAGAACAAGUGCCUGCACGGUUACUUAUGUUGCACCUGUGCGAAAUUAUAUUUAACCCCGCGCUGUCUGUGGACGAGGGGGGGGGGGGCGGCGGGGAGAGUGGAAAGAGCCACUAAAGAAACGUAACGACGUGACUGGAACAGGCGAGCGGACCUCCGGCUGCAGCGCGAGCAGGGCUCUCCCUGCGAAGCCCCGUCUCCACGUGCGAGGAGCGCCUCAAUCACCGCCUUUUCAAAUGUUCCGCGAGAAGGGAAAAACAAACGGGACAAAAGCAGAGCAGAAAAAAACAGUUUUUCCCCCCUUCUUCUAGUUUUUCUGCCUCCAUCAGAUGUAAAGGUCAGCUUCACUGGCGCACCGCCAGGCUUGAACUUGGACGGUGAACUUUCUCAGUGUGGGAAAACACAAGUUGUCAUCCCCGCAGCUCCGUGGAACCGGGCCCUGCGCCUCCUCGCGCUGUCCACUCGUCUCACGCCGUGGGAAAUAGGUGGAGGAUUCUCGCCGUGUCUCCUGCGGAGGUCUGAGUCGACAUGGGGAGCAAAGCCCUGCACGCGCCGAUCCCGCUGCACCCGGCCCUCCAGCUCACCAACUACUCCUUCCUGCAGGCCGUCAACACGUUCCCCGCUGACCAGCUCCAGGGCCUCUACGGGCUCAGCGCUGUGCAAACCAUGCACAUGAACCACUGGACUCUUGGUUAUCCGCACAUCCAAGGACUUAGAUCGACCAUCACCGAGAUGGCAGCCGCGCAAGGUCUGGUGGAUCCCCGGAUCCCCUUCCCGGCGAUUCCCUUUACGGCUGCAGCGCAGCUUUUCCACCCGAAACAAACCAUCGCGCACGGCCUCCCCGCGCUGCACAAAGACAGGCCGAGGUUCGACUUCGCCAACCUGGCCCUGGCCGCUACUCAGGAGGACCCGCCGAAAGCCGCGGAUCUGGCCAAGCUGGCAUCGGGACUAGGGGGAGCCAUCACCGAGCUGAGCAAGCUGUCCCCGGACAGGAAACCGACCCGGGGCCGGCUCCCGUCCAAGACUAAAAAGGAAUUUAUUUGCAAGUUCUGCGGGAGGCAUUUCACAAAGUCCUAUAACCUGCUCAUCCACGAGAGGACCCACACGGACGAGCGGCCGUACACCUGUGACAUUUGCCACAAGGCUUUCAGACGACAAGAUCAUCUCAGAGACCACAGAUACAUCCACUCGAAGGAAAAACCAUUCAAAUGUCAGGAAUGUGGGAAAGGAUUCUGUCAGUCGCGAACUCUAGCCGUCCAUAAAACCUUACAUAUGCAGGAGUCUCCCCACAAAUGCCCCACAUGCGGAAGAACCUUUAAUCAAAGAAGUAACCUGAAAACUCACCUUCUCACCCAUACAGACAUCAAGCCCUACAGCUGUGGCCGCUGCGGAAAGGUGUUUCGGCGCAACUGUGACUUGCGACGGCACAGUUUGACACACAGCCCACAUCAGGACUACUAGGCUGGACAGAAUAACAGAGUAGCAAAGGACAAAGGGCAGAAAGACUGUGUGACCCUUUGAAAGCAAAGACAGACCCCAAACCAGGACACGUUUUACCGCAGCGCGUUUUAGAGUGGGGAUUUUUGUUGCACCUCAAGCGGAGACACCAGUGGAGCCAAAGGCCACCUGUAAAUACCCAAGACCGUGUACAUAAUGUUGCUUUUUUAUUUUCUUUUCUGACAUUGAAAAUAUAAAUUUGUCCAAAAAAACAAUCAUAAGUUUAAAGUAUGUUAAAUUGUAUUUUAGAAAUAAUAAAUACUUCCAUGAUA